GAGAGAGAGAGUGCGUGCGUGCGUGCGUGCGUGCGUGUGCGCGCUGUCCUGUCCUGUCAUGGAGAGUAAGAGCUCCAGUCCAGUCCAGUCUAGUCUCAGUGACACGGUGCGAGUCGCCUCCUAACUGUCCAGCUCAUCGUGUGCGCCGUGUAGCCGCUGUAGCCGCGCUGUCUGUCGCUCAGGAUGGGCUGCGCUAUAUCAGGUCUGGGCUUGACUCCCAGGCAGGUGACAGAAAGCCGGGGAGAAGAGGAGCACCUCACCGAGGAGCAGAUCGACAUGAUCAAGGUGUCGUGGAAAGUUAUUCAGGAGGACAUCGCUAAAGUUGGGAUCAUCAUGUUUGUCAGGUUGUUCGAGACUCAUCCAGAGUGCAAAGACGUCUUCUUCCUGUUCCGCGACGUGGAGGACCUGGAGAGGUUAAGGACCAGCAAGGAGCUGCGUGCCCACGGCUUGCGAGUGAUGUCUUUCAUCGAGAAGAGUGUAGCCAGACUGGACCAGUUAGAGCGUCUGGACAUGCUGGCUGUGGAGCUAGGCAAAAGCCAUUACCGCUACAACGCCCCUCCGAAGUAUUAUGGGUAUGUAGGAACAGAGUUCAUUUGCGCAGUUAGACCGAUUUUGAAAGAAAAAUGGACUCCUGAACUAGAGAAGGCGUGGAAGACGCUGUUCCAGUACAUCACCCGGCUGAUGAGGCAAGGCUACUUAGAGGAAGAGGGGACAAAACGCACCCACGCGCUGGUGCCCACUAAAGAGCGGCCAGACAAGAAGAACACAGCACUUUAGACCAAGACUCGGCUCUUUCUAUUGACUCGUGUCCCAAGUUACACAGGAUUGUGUUCUCCGUGACGUAGUUGUGUAUAUAGUGUAUUUAUUUCUUUGAAUUCUUGGUUUUUACAGCACAUUGUUUCUUGACACUUUUUUCUCAUAAACAGUAAAUUAAGGUUAAGUCACUGCCAAAGUGCCUGAUAAAGGGCAAGAGCAACUUUAUUACACAGAACCAAUUAUUUCAGACCAAAAAAUAAAAAAACCUCAGUGAACUAUUACACUGAGCAAAAUUUUAAUUUGUGACCAAAAAAUAAACUAACCCAUCAUUCAGACUCUGCAUCACUAGCUCAUUGCACUGUUAUAAAUAGAUGAAUGAUGUCAGAUGCAAUAACUAUUUAUUAGCAUAAACAUAAAUUCCAUUGCCUGGU